AUGCAUCUCGAUGAUCGCAACUAUGAUAAUGAUGAUGUUGACUAUAAGAGUUUCACACAGCUUGCUUACAGGACUUUGAUGAAAAACAAGGCGCCCGUUCUAUACAAUUUGCAUCUUGACCUUGGUCCUAAGUGUGACACCGUAGAUGUUGGGAUAUGGAUUGAAACUGCGGUUUCUCGCCGCGUGCGUUGGCUUAUAGUACAAAUCCGGUCAGGGUCAUCAGUCAGUUUGCCGAGUAGCCUAUUCACAUGUGAAACAAUAGGUGAAUUAGUGCUUGUACAUUGCCUUGUUCCGGAUGUUCCUUGUUGCCUCCCGUUUCUCAAGAGUUUGCGUCUUGUGAAAAUGGGUUACGCAUGUCUUCAUAAGAUUUUACGCGGCUGUCCUUAUCUUCAAAAUCUUAAAAUGUGUGUGAAUGAAGAAGAACACGAGGGAGAAGACACCACUAUCGCGUUGCCUUGUUUACGACAUUUAUCCUUGUGGGACAUGAUGAGAUACAAGAGUAAGAGUGGUGUGUUUGUGAUAGAGGCUCCUCGUCUCAAGUACCUUAAGAUUAUUGAUGAUGUUGUCUAUGACUCUCGUCGAAUUGAGAAUAUGCCCAAUUUGACCGAGGCGUAUGUUGACAUCACUCAAGGAGUUACCCACAAGUUUCUGAGAGCUCUUGUUUCUGCCCGCCGCCUUUAUCUAUGCGUACCACUACUCUCAGAGGUUCCUAGUAUGAUCAUCUACUUCUAUCGGCUUGUUCAUCUCAACCUAAAUAUAUGUGCGCAAGGUUGGUGGGAGCUCCUCACUCAAAUGCUCCAAAAUUCACCCAAACUAGUAUCUCUCAAACUCACCGAUGAACAACAAUAUCCUACUGACGAAACUCCAGAUUGCUGGAAGCGGCCGAGUUCUAUUCCGGACAGUCUUGAAACAUUCGCAUGGAGCGGUUACAAAGGGAGACGAGGAGAUUUAGAGAUGGCGACCUUUAUCAUGAAGAACGCUACUCGUUUGAAGACAGCCACUUUCUUGCCACAAUGCAAUGACACUGACGCCAAAUAUAAGAUGCUCAAGGACUUGGUAUCUGUAACUACGACUUCAAAUUCGUGUCAGCUUCUUUUCGACUAA